GUCAAAUUGUAAAAAUACCACAUUUAAUAUGGUACAAUAAGUAAUUACGGCUAUUGUAAGGGGUGCAUUCCUGUUUUGAAAAACUUUCAAGCACCCGGACGUAUAUACAGUCCAUUUUUCCAGUUUUACUUAGUGGCAAUUUUAACCCGGUCGUUACAGUAGAUGGGUUUAAUCUUCUGAAAUGUAUCAUUUUUCAAACUUUAUAUCGGUGUACAGAUUUUAAAGUAACGUUUUAAAUAAUCAUCAGAAAGCAUGGCGAUUAUUGUGAAGGCCUUCGCUUGUCACUCGAUAAUGCACCGCUGUAAAUUAACUAGCGCGUGUUAUCCACUGAAUCAGUGAAUUAAUUAGCGCGUGUUAUCUGCUGAAUCAGUGUUAUCAGUGGUCAAAUCAAGCGACAACAUAUUCCGGAUGACUUAAUUAUUAUUGCGUCGUGUCUUCUCACUUCUUCCUGCUCCCAGAAGUGAUGGACACCCUAGAAGUAUUGCUGCUGUAGAUGGAGAUUAUGAAGGACUUACAAUGCAUCUGAUGACUGAAGUGUGUUCUGUUUAUUCGGAAUCCAGGAGGAAUGGCUGUAAGACGAGAAUUUUUUACCUGGCUGGCACUGGCUGUUGUCACGGUAGUUUCUCCAGAACUCAUUAUGAUGCCAGAGAUGGACCAGUAUUUGCUAACAGGGUCUAAUCUUGAGUUGAACUGUUCCUUUAGGGGUGAAGGUCACUAUGAUACAACGACCUCUGAGGGUCAAGGUGAAAGUAUGACCUCAGAAAGUUUGGUCACAGACGGUGUGUCUACAGCGCCAUCACAGAACAGCACACCUGUUUAUAACAUUUAUAAUGUUAACAAAAUCAGUAUCAGAAGAAAUAAUACGACAAUAAUGAAUGGAAAGUUCCAUCCCAAUGAGUCCGAUAUGACCUUGACCCUGGACAUCUACAAUGUUUCUUUGUCUGACAGUGGGAUGUACACAUGUCACUAUAACAACUCAAGUGCUAUCCAUGGAUUCAAACAAGUCAUCGUUGCAGAUAUCCCCCAAGCCCCAGAGAACCUGACAUGCUUAUCAAACAACCGGCUUGACAUGAGCUGUUGGUUCACAGUUCCCGACCCUAAACACCCACUCUUCACAAACUGGACUAUGCAGUAUAAAUUUGCGAGAUCUAGGGAGUAUGAUGGUACCACCAAGUGGGAGGAUAUGCCUGCCUCGCAAUGUAGCGCAUCAAAUCUUAGCUGCAGCUGGAGCUCAAACCGUGAAAGACGCACAAGUUGGACAUUUAAUAAAAUUGCAGCGUAUUGUUUUAUUCGUGUUGUGCGCCAUUCCUUCGUUGGAACAGUUAACAGCACGGUGUGGCAGAUAUAUGUCAAAGGAAUAGUCAAACCAAGUCCAGUACGAGACCUGAGGUAUAUGCUCACAGACAUCAACACAACAUUGGUUCUGAGAUGGAUAUUUCCAAAGAACCUUAGCCCGUACCUCAUUGGUGAGGCAGAAUACAGCAUUUGUUUGAACGCUUCAGAGUUCCACAAUGUUACGUGUCAGAUUUACCGACCAGAUUUUCGUCUUUUGUACUUAAAUGAAACUAACUUAGAAGAAAACUACACCUUCCCCGAUGUCAUCCCUCACUGCAACUACACGGCGUCUGUCCGUAUGCGUUCAGUAAACGCGACCUCUGACCUGUACUGGAGUGACCCAGUUGUGCUUGAAUUCAUCUCCCAUGAUUCUGUGCCCACCUUGGCUCCCAUGGUGACUGGGGCUUCCUACCAGCACAAUUUCACCACAGCCCAAACCUACAGCCUCAUCAUCUAUUGGAAGAAUCCGCCACAACAAACAUGGGGUGGGGAAAUCACCAGUUACAAGGUGGUUGUCAUGGCAAUUAAGGCAUCAGUUACCAGACAUCCAAGGCAACUUGGGAAAGAUAUGAUGCAAAAGUACACAGAGACAUUCAGGGGCGUGAGGUCACAUGCAAAGCUCAACACUCCUAUGAAUACGGCAGAGGAUUACAGGGUACAUGUGAUUAUGAUCAACACAGUGGGAGACUCACCCAUGUCAGACAGUGUUAAUGUAUCUUCAACUGUAGAAGGAAAUAGACCUCGUGCCUCCUGGGUCUCAGUCCAGCCGUGUAGUGAUGGUACGAUAGUCAGCUGGUCUGCAGGACAUCAAAACUGUGAAGAUAUUGCUAGCGUCACAUACUACUGGUGCAAUAUCAGUGAAGCCAUCUCCGAUAAUAGACUCUCCAACUGUCUGAACCUUGACUGGUACACAGUUUCUGCUGAUGGAGAAUGCAAUGGUUCAAUGGUACUGAACAGAACCAGCGACCAGUCUAGUGUUCGCUAUGCUGUGAGCUUGACAGCAAGGUCAGGGAGGAAUGGGGGAAUGGUGUGGGACCUGUACAGAUUCUCCAGCUAUGAUAAAGAGCCAGAUCCACCAGUGUACAAGGUGUCACGAAAGGAGGAGACUGUUACCAUGGAGAUGAUCAUUAUGCAGGUGCCCAGUGUGAACCAGGGGGGACAACCCUCACAGUAUCAGAUAGUGUAUGCUCCAGUUAAAUCCCCUGGUGACCGUAGCUGCCCUACAGAUGGGGAAACAAUGACAGUCCCAGCUGACCUGUCCAGUAACAUGUACAGAAUCCCGGGUGUGCAAUCUGGGGUGCAGUAUAGUGUGUGUGCCAGGGGAGUCAACCAUGCUGGCAUUGGGGCAUAUGGAGAACCUGAUGUCAUCCAGAAACUAGAGGAACAAGGCGGGUCUAAUGAACUGCUAGCCUUAGGAUUGGGUCUUGGUGCCGCCAUUGUUUUAGCAAUAGUUGGCAUAGUGAUGGUGCGGAGGUACUGUAGAAAGUGCAUUCAGAUGAGGCAAGAGGUCGCUGAUAUGAUUGAUAUGAAUCUACAUGUAGAAGGAUUAAUAAACAGAAAUGGUGAAGGAGACAGUGGUUGUGGAACAAGCAGUGAGCAGAGUCUGGCAAAGGACAACAAUGGCUCAGGUUGCCCAAAAGGUAGAAGCAGUGGCUCAAUGACAGAAUAUGAGGAACUCAAUAUGACUUCAAGUGGAGAAAGCAUGACGAAUGGACCUUAUGACUCAGUGGUUCAAAAUGGCGAAAAUGGUGAUCAGGCUACAAACAGUUCCACCAAAAGACUUGCAGUGCAGGAAACAAAUGAGAAACCUGUUGGAGCUGUUGACGGGUUUGUAAAAAAGGGUGCUGAAGGGUCGUAUGUGGGCCAUAAAGAAAUUGAAAAGCUCACAGAUCAGAGAUCAGUCCCUGAAGACAAUAUGAAACAUUUCAGACAACCAGCAGAUACAACUGAUGAUUAUGUGCAAGAUGAAAGUGGGUCAUCAAAAUACUGCAGAGCAACUGCUGGCAGUUUAGGAAGAUGGGGAAAUUCCAACUUUUUAAGCGACAAGUCUUCUCCAGGAUCUGAGUUACAGCAUGCUGACCCUCCAAGUUUUACCUUAGAAAACAUCAAACUUCCAACUUUAAUGAGCCUUGAAUGGCCAGAUGAUGAUGAGAUUGAUAUCGAGAGACUGAACAGUUUUGAUAAUUCUUCCUUAAGGAGAUCAGUGCCUACAGACAAUAUGGACCACUUUAGACAACCAGUAGAUGAAACUGAUGAUUAUGUGCAAGAUGAAAGUGGGUCAUCAGAAUACUGCAGAGCAACUGCUGGCAGUUUAGGAAGAUGGGGAAAUUCCAUUUCUUUCAUUGACAAGUUUUUUUCAAGAUCUGAGUCACAGCACACUGACCCUCCAAAUUUUACCUUGGAAAACAUCAAACUUCCAACAUUAAUGAGUGUUGAAUGGCCAGAUGAUGAUGAGAUUGAUAACAGUUUUUAUAAUUCUUCCUUAAGGAGAUCAGUUCUUGAAGACAAUAUGGAGCACUUUAGUCAACCAGAAGAUAAAACUGACCAUUAUGUGGAAGAUGAAAGUGGGUUAACAGAAUACUGCAGAGCAACUGCUGGCAGUUCAGGAAGAUCAGGAAAUUCCAUUUCUUUCAUCGACAAGUUUUCUUCAAGAUCUGAGUCACAGCCCACUGACCCUCCAAAUGUUACCUUAGAAAACAUCAACCUGGCAACUUUAAUGAGUGUUGAAUGGCCAGAUGAUGAUGAAAUUGAUAACAGCUUUGAAUAUUCUCCCUUAAGAAGAUCAAUGCCCACAGACAAUAUGGAGCACUUUAGACAACCAGUAGGUGAAACUGACCAUUAUGUGAAAUAUGAAAGUGGGUCAACAGAACACAUACAGGGUGGAACACAUAGUAUUACUAGUAGAAACACAGCAAAGUCCAGUGGAGGAAGUGUGAAUUCGUACGUGCAGGCAUUUGUCAGCUGUUCAGAUGAGAUAACCCACCUGUAAUAUUAAAAUAUAUUAAUGUAUAAUUGGUGAUUUCAUUGUAAGUUCCUAUUUUAUUUUACGAGUGACAACAACUUCACUGAUAAAACUCCAUAUUUCAUCGAAAAGCAUGAAAGAAAAGUGCUCAAUGGAAAACUUUGAAAAUCAUUUUAUCAUACAUAACCUCUUAAUGCAUAUAGGUCUCAUUAUAUCGAUAACCUCAUUUAUCUAUGAUCAUGAAAUGAUUAUUUUUGUUAUAUUGUUGGAAUAUGACUUGUAUGGGAUGACAAUAAAUCGAAAGUCAUGACAGUGAUAACAUGUACAAUGUUGUGUUCAAAAUUGUAUCAUUUCAUUGUGCUAUUCUUCUUUCCCAUUUUGUGCAAUAAUGCAAUGUUGAUGAUAGCCUUAAUGAUUACACAGUUUUAUGCUAUGGUAUUAAUUUUAUGGGGAAUAUGGCAGUCUGUGACUGCUCUUGUUAUGCAAUUCGUUUUACUCUCUUUCAUAACUUAAUAUGUUUUUGAGGUAUUGACUUAAACUGUACAAAAGAAACAACUGUUUGUGUGUGCAGGUCCACUCAAUGAAAACUGUGCUUUUAAAAACUAAAAAAAUAUUUAAUGCCUUAUUUCCUGAUUUAAAUAUAAUAGUCCAAUAUUUUUAUAUGAAGGGCCAUUAACUUAGUUGAUGCCUUCUCACAGACAUAGGACAUUCAGGGAGCAUAUAUCACUCCCAGUGAUACAUCUUAUUACAAGAAGGUGGUGUAGUCAGGGUAUAACCACAUCCAGCGAUGGCUCUAGUAUUUUAUAUUCUGCAUAUGAAUGGUACUAAUUCAUUCAUGAUAUUUUUUUAAACUGAAAGUUUUCUACACUUUUGAAUGUUCAUACUAAGCGGAUUUGUUACAUUUGAUGAUUUGUUAUUAUACCAUAUUGAAUCUGAUGUAACAAACUUAAAUACCGGUAUUAUAGAGAAAAAUUAUUUUAUAAUUAA